AUUUUAAAAAAAUAAAAUUAAAUUAAAAAAAAAAAGAAGAAAAAAGGCGAUUCCAUCCGUAUCCACUAUCCAGCAAGGGACAAAGGGAGCAGAUAGCAAAUGUAGCUGAGCUAAAUUUGGUGUUGCCAGUGAUUCCAGUUGCAAGGAAGAAGGCAGGCAGUCAAUCCAAAAUCGAAAAAGCUGCUUUGUUAUGUCUCCGUGCAAGGCUAGGCAUGGGCCUUAGGCAAUAACACCACGCCAUCGUCUUUCGGCAUUUAGCAGACAACAUGUUGCUUCGUUUUGAAGGCAAUUCAGAGGUCUGUUGUCAACUCUUUUGAGGCAGACUUUGCAACUAUAAUUACUAAUGUUUUUCAUAAUCCGACCCAUUAUUGAAUCCAUUGGAGGUUUGGUUUUCAGUCCCCCCCCGAUUGAACCAGUUGUUUCAGUUCAAUGUCCCGUUUCUUGUUUGAAAUAUAUUUGUUUGGUAUAAAAUACAUUCACAGAUGAAAGAGUCUGAAAAUAUAGAUGUUUUUACUUUACUGCUAAUCAGUUUGUUGUUGGUGACUUUUAAAAUAAAAUUUCAAAAAUUUGUUAAAAUAAAAUUGUACAUCUCCUUUUUCUGUCGGUUUGUGUUUUUAAUUCGUUUUCAUUUUCUUUUUUCCUGCUUUUGUUUAUUUCAAUAAAUAGUUGAUAUUUUCAAAUCUUUUAUGCCUUUCUUCAUUCCAUAUCUCCAUUUCUCUUUUGUGUUUUUAAUUCUAUUCUUACUGUGUUUCAUUCUUACUGUGUUUCAUUUUUUUUUAUACUUUUGUAAGCUUUUUCAGUUAUUUCAAUAAAAUUUAAUUAGAAUUUUAAGAUUUCAAUUUUUUUUUGUGUUUAAUUUAUUAUUCGCCAAAUUCAUUUAUCUAUAAAACUAAAAUUUGAUGGACAAACCAAAAACACUCAAACCAGUUUAACAAAUCUUAGAUUCCACUCGAUACAAUAAACCCUAAACUCAUUCAAAAAAACUAAUUCGAAUAAUCCUAAAAUCAAUACAAUUUGAUUUAGAAACCCUAAACUUGAUUCGAUCCCAAUUAAGAAAUUUUAAAACCGGUUCAAUUCAAUUCAAAAAAUCCAAAAAUCAGUUCAGUUUGAUUAUAAAAACCCUAAAUUAAUAGUAUUUAGCAGAUUCACAUAUAACCAAUCAUCUUAUUUUUAAGACUGUUACUUAGUUUAAGACAAUUACCUUUUCGGGUUUUAAGAUACCUUAACCCUUACCAACGUUAGAUAAUUGAGAAAACUGUCAAAGAUUUUAUAAUUGAAGUGGUACGUUGGAACUUUUAUACAGUUUGGAUACCAUAUUGAACAUUGGGCUUAUCUUGAGGCACCUUUGUGUAAUCAUCGCUCAAGUUUUUAAUAAAUCAAAAUAACCUUCUUGGCAAUGGGAGAAACCCAUUUGUGUGGACCAUGAUAAAUGUAUAAAAAGGAUUACCUUUGGUUUAAAUCGAUGGAUCAUUUAGAAGGGCAAAACGCCAAAGAAAUGGCAUAUUCCAUUAUCCCUAACAUAGAUACGAAGGUAACUUAGCAAACUGAUGCAACACCAAAACUUUCUGCUCUUCCGAUUCACUUUCAUGAUGAGCCAGCUAGCCUUCCAACGAUUUUGACGGCACAUCAUUGAUACCAAAAAUCAACAGCAAAAAGAAAAAACACAGAAAACACAGAAACUUAAUGGAGGACUGUAAACUGUGCAUGCUUGUUACCUUUUUCUUGAUCAUAACAAAGAUGGUUGCUACUGGAAAAUACAUACCAACAACUUUAGAAGGACCGUUUGAUCCUGUGACUAUCCGUUUCGACCCGUCUUUACGCCAAGGCAGUGAUGACAUACCAAUGGAUGACCCAAGGCUCAAGAAGAAUGUCACCUCAAUGUUUCCAGAACAAAUAGCUCUUGCUUUAUCCACACCGACUUCAAUGUGGGUUUCUUGGGUUACAGGUGAUGCACAGAUUGGUUCCAAUGUGACUGCCCUUGAUCCUACAUCAGUUGCCAGCGAGGUUUGGUAUGGGAAAGAGAGUGGAAAGUAUACAAACAAAAAGACAGGAAAUGCAACUGUUUAUAGCCAAUUGUACCUAUUUGAAGGGCUCUUGAAUUAUACCUCCGGCAUCAUUCACCAUGUGAGAAUUGAUGGUCUGGAACCAGGAACAAAGUAUUACUAUAAGUGUGGAGAUAGCUCUCUUCCAGCUAUGAGUGACGAACAUGUCUUUGAAACUUUAUUAUUACCUGGUCCAAAUUCCUAUCCUCGCAGAAUAGCACUUAUAGGAGAUUUAGGUCUAACCAGCAAUUCAUCAACAACUAUUGAUCAUCUGACCAGGAAUGAUCCCUCAUUGAUCUUAAUGGUUGGAGACUUGACCUAUGCAAAUCAGUACCUUACAACUGGUGGGAAAGGAGUUCCAUGCUUUUCAUGUGCUUUUCCAGAUGCACCAAUUAGAGAGACUUAUCAACCUCGCUGGGAUGGAUGGGGAAGGUUCAUGAAGCCACUGAUCUCAAGAGUUCCUAUGAUGGUCAUUGAAGGCAACCACGAAAUUGAACCUCAGGUAGCUGGGAUCACUUUCAAAUCAUAUUUGACAAGGUUUGCAGUUCCAGCUGAGGAGUCUGGCUCUAACACUAACUUUUAUUACUCUUUUGAUGCUGGAGGGGUACAUGUCAUUAUGCUGGGGGCAUAUGUUGACUAUAACAGUACAGGAGCUCAGUAUGCUUGGCUAAAGGAAGAUCUACAUAAAGUAGAUCGAAUGGUAACCCCAUGGCUAGUAGCAGCAAUGCAUCCACCAUGGUAUAAUAGUUACUCCUCACACUAUCAAGAAUUUGAAUGCAUGAGGCUGGAAAUGGAAGAACUUUUGUAUCAAUACGGAGUUGAUAUCAUUUUUUCUGGUCAUGUUCAUGCUUAUGAGAGGAUGAACAGAGUAUAUAAUUAUACAUUACAUGCUUGUGGACCUGUCUACAUAACAGUUGGAGACGGUGGGAACAUUGAGAAAGUUGAUGUUGAUCAUGCAGAUGACCCUGGAAAGUGCCCCUCAGAAGGACAUAAUAUACCAGAGUUUGGAGGUGUGUGUCAUUUGAAUUUCUCUUCUGGUCCUGCUAAAGGCAAGUUUUGUUGGGACAGGCAACCAGAGUGGAGUGCGUUUAGAGAAAGCAGCUUUGGACAUGGAAUACUUGAGGUUCUGAAUUCAACAUAUGCAUUGUGGACUUGGCACAGAAAUCAGGAUAUCUACAAGGAGGAAAGUUCUGGUGAUCAAUUAUAUAUUGUGCGACAACCUGAAUUGUGCUCUCCCUCUACAUCCUUAAAAGUGAUUUUCCACUUCAACAUCAGAGAACUACUAUUCAAUUCAUUAUUUUAUUUUUCUUGUGGCAAAAGGAUUGAAGUUUCCUUAAAAAGGGAUCCAAUGAGACUCAGCAAGGAGCGCAAGCAAAAGAAAGUGCAGCGGUAUCUGCAAAAUGGGCGUGGGUUCUGCCAUUGUUCUUCAUAGUUAUCAUUGCUUUCUGUUGACAAUUGUUAAAAUGAUUAUAGCUUGAUAAGAGAGGUGCCAAAAGAUUACUAAGUUUACUGGGUGAAGACCAGGUCACUGGAGGAACCAUACAACAAUUAUUAGUUACAUUUUCAGGUCAUUGCUGCAUGCUCCGUACGACUGUAACUCUUUCAAUUCAGGAUCAUGAAGAUUGUAGGAGCAGUGCUUUCAUCAUGCCUGCAAGUCCUGCGUGAUGUUGUUCUAGACUUGUAGUGCCAAAAAUACCACAGCAAGGUUUUAAGACAACAGAUCAGUUUAAAGUCAAACGAAUUUAAAUAAUCGGAGAGCUAAUAGUUGAGAGGGAGGUUUGAUAAACUAAUCAUCGCCAAAACAAAAUGGAAUCAGGCAAAUAUGCUGUUUGGAGUUCCAUUGUAAUAUUUGUAGUACUUCCAUAUUGAGCCUAGCUUGGUUUUAAGUCAAGAGAAUUUGUCAUGAUACCAAGUUUACUUGGCAGAGCUUUUUUCUCGUCUGUGCUACAAUCACUUGUGUCCCUCAAGAGGUACGGAAUUUCUACAUCUUCAAAUGCAAGA